AUGUUAUAAAAAAUUAAUUGUAUACAGUUACAAUUUAAGGGCUUAUUUUGGUAAAGCACAUAUGUGCAUUAUAGAAUUUUCUUCAAGCGAAAAAAUGAAUAGAUCAUAAUUUGGAGAGACAAAGAGCAACGAAGAUUUUUGAUUUUCCAUUUUAAGGGGAUAUAAAAAAUAUAUUAAUUAAAUAACUAAAAGAAACACUAAAUAAGGGGAUUUUUAAAAAAAAUUAAAAAAGAUACGACACUCACUUAAAUUGUAAAUACCAUAAAGUUAAAAAGUUAAAUUAAGCAUGGGGGAGGUGUGUUGGGAAUGACGAAUCUUUUUAGUUAAAGAUCAAAAUUUAAAUAUCAAACAAGCAGAAUGUCUGGACAACCUCCUUUCAAGUAAAGAAGCAUUCUAAUAUUUAGUUUUCUAAAUAUGUCGAAUUUUAACAUGUUGAAUCCCCAAAAUACUUAAAUAUCUUAAGCGUAUGAGAAGGCAAUUAAAGAUGCUGCGAACAGUGUGCAUUUAUAAAAAUUAGGAAAAAAACAACUAUAAUAAAUUGCAAAAGAACUGAAUAUACCUGAAAAAAAAAAAAAAGAAGAAAUUAUUGCCUAAAUUCCAAAACAACUCCUAUAAUAUUUGAUAUAAGUAGAUCCUUCUAGACCAGUUGAAUAACUUCUUCAACACCAACCAAACCUCCAAAACAAUGAAAGCAUUAUGGCCAUCUUAAAAAAAUUUUAAGGAAGCAUAAUAAAUAAAACAUAAUCCUUCCAACAAUAGCCUCAAAUGCAGCGUGCCAUCCCACAAUUACUCCAAAAUUCUUACCUGAAUUAUGUAUUGAAUUCAUUUACAUUUAAGAUGGUACUCCCAUAAGCACAAUAAACAUAACAAUAAAUGUUACCAUAAUACUCCCAAUUAAUGAAUAUCAAUCUCUAUCAAUAACAUUUAAGAUAAAACCCUCCACAGCAAUUUUUCUAUCAAUAUAACAGUAUGCAUUCUGAUUUAAUUAGAUUAAUGGAAUGAUCCCCUUCCUCAGACAGAAAUGUAAUAACUCCUCAUGUGUCCAUGUAAGUAAGAAAAUUCCUAUUAUUCCAAGAAUCAUUCCCGCCAAAAGAAUUACUAAUGAGGAAGUUAAAUGCAUUAAUUGUGACAAUAAACUACAUAUUUCUUGUCUCAAAUUGUAGCCCAACGAUGUCAAGAUGUUUGAGUGUCCUGUUUGCAUACUCAGUAAAAUUGACCCGCUCAAUCAAAUUAUUAAAGUUCUUGCCAAACCAACAUUGAUGAAUACUACUUAAAGUACACUCAAUUUCAUGCUUACAACAGAAGAAUAUCAGUAAUAUUUCUAUCAAUAUAAACUUAGCCAAUUAUAAGAUCGCUCAUUUUAAUACUAAGUCGAAUUGAGAUCUAUAAGAUUAGACGCCAAAUACAUGAAUGAAAUUACAUGGCCCGAUUUCUGUGAGAUCUCCAUCAACUAAUAACGUAUUUCUGAAUUCAAACCACUCAAAUCCAAUAGCAGUCUUAAAAAGAGAAAGGAUGAAAUUUAAAUCAUUCCCUAAUAGCAAAACAAUUUAGCUUUCUCCCUCAAAUCAGGCUACAACCAGAUCAUCAUCAAAGAAGUCCAAAAUUGUUAGGAGCCCAAAACAUAGUUUAAAUUAUGCGAAGAGUACAACCCUAUUUUUAUUCUUAGCGGUGUCUAUGCAUAAGCCAUUUAUUUGACUAAGAAGAGACCUCAUCAGGACUUGAUCAAUCAAAUUAAACAAAAUAAGGACUGUAUCAAAACUAAAGAAGAAUGUGUUAAACUCAUAUAAAAAGCAUGCAUAGCAGAAAAAACUGAUAAUGAUGUUUAAAUUGAUAAAAUUACAAUCAAAGUCUCCCUGAAGUGUUAAUUCGACUAUUAAAUGAUUUAAGUAAGAGUGCUUCAUAUCAUUAGACUCCUGCUCGAGGAAGGUUUUGUACCCAUGUAUAAUGUUUCUCUCUUGAAAAUACUAUUACAAUUAAUGCAGGUACAUCAAGAAAAUGGAAGUGUCCAGUUUGCAAGAAAAAAAUAUUUGAUAUAACGAUUGACUAGUAUUAAUUGUAAUUGCUGGAUUAAUACAGAAACAACAAAGAGAACAUCAAGGAGGUGGUUUUUGAUUAAAAUGUAACAUUUUCACUUUAACUCUAGGGUGAUAUUGUGUAAGAGAUCAAAGAAGAAUUUUAAGAAUCAGAAGAAGAAUAAAUCAGCAUCAAUAAAUAAAAUCAAAUAGAGGAACAAUAGAAACAACCUCUUUAGUAGAAACCUGAUCCAACAUUACUCUCUAGACUGAUGCUAUUUAAUCCUGCAGCAACUUUUAUGUAAAUUCAACUUUGCAAAAAAUAAAUUGAUUAAAUUAAUGUCUUACAAUAACAACAACAACAACUAUCAUAACAAUAAAUCCAGUAAAAAGAUAAAAAUGAAAAUGUCAAUUCUUCUUAAAAUAAAGCGUAAUUAAAGUAAUUUGUUGAGUCAAAUUUAUCUAAUAUAGAGGGAAAAUAAAAUUCAUUACAAUCUCAAUUAUCCCAAUAAACUAUUACUAAACCUAAAUUCAUUAAAUUUAAAAAAUUCGAAACUUGGUAAGAUGAGAUAUCCCAGUAAGAAAUUGCUUAAAAGAAUUUAGAAAAAUAAAUCAAUGAUUAGUUAAAUGAAGAAUAAAAUUUAGAAUAAAAGUAGUCAUAACAAUAAUAAGAUGAAUAAUAAUAAUAAUAAUAAUAAUAAUAAUAAUAAUAAUAAUAAUAAUAAUAAUAAUAAUAAUAAAGAUAAUAAUAACAAUAGGUUUCCCAUUAAGAAAAUGAUAAACCAAAUCAAAAAUCUAAUAGAUUAAAAGAAAGAAUGGUUAGAGUAAUCAAAAAAUAAUUUUCUGAAUUUAUUAGAAAAAACUUUGCUAAUAACAUAAAUGCAACCAAUGAAUAGAAUCCCAAAAAUCCCUAAUAAACUUAAUAAUAAUAACUACAUUAGAGUGCCACCAAGAAAUAUAUAUACAAAUUUUCUGAAGAGAAGCCUAAGAUUAAUACUAGUUCUCAAUUCCCUAAAAUGCUGGCUGAUCAGAUUAUAAUGCAAAAUCCUGGUCAAACUGAAAAGCAACAUGAAGAUUUGAAAGCAUUUAGUGAAGAGUAAUUAAAAUCAUUAUAAGCUUUCCAAGGAAGCGUAUUUCAACAAUAACUAAUAAAUUCAAAAUAAUAGGAUUAAAAUAUUUUAAUAUAAAAAGCACUAAGUCAUCAAAAUCCACCAAUUAUUGCACAUCAACAACAACAAUUAUAAUAAUUAUAACAAUAACAAUAGUAAUAAAUUUCUUAACAAAAAUUGAAAGAAAAACCUAUAAUAAAAAUAAAAUCUCCUUAACCUACUAGUGUUCAAGAGGGUAAAAAUGGAAAAGAUAUGGAAAAUCCAAUUUGUAUAGAUUGA